CAAUAAUAAUAAUAAUAUUAAAUACAGUUACUUGUUACUUGUUAGAUAGUUAGAACACUUAUAAGUUAUAACUAACUUAACUAUCGAGUACGGUAAUACCUAAAAUCUACCUGUUAAUUACUAAUAAUUGUGAUGUUGUAUUUUACGUAAAAUCAGUUGUACAGGUAGAGCAUAAAUCAAAAUAUUAUUAAAACAUAACUUUUUAAGUUUUUUUAAUUUAAUAUACAUUUAAUCUGUCAUUAGUCGUUACCUGUUGUACAUAUUUUAGAGACAAUUUAUGAUCAUGUCUGAGAAAAAUAUGAAUGACGAAUUAGUACUUCUAGAGAGAGUAUUCUUCCGACUCGGUUCGGCUGAUACAGAUGCUCAACUCUCGGCUUGUAUCAAUAACUUUCUAGUACCAGUAUUACAAAAGUUAUCUUCUCCUCAUGAAUCUGUCAAAAACAAAGUGGUUGAAUUAUUAACUCACAUUACAAGAGUGAUAAAACAAAGUCCAAGCAUUUUACUUCCUGUUGAUCAGUUAGUUACACUUUUAACUACGUCCACAAACAAUUUUGUUUUGAAUUUUACUAUGGUGUUUAUUAGAACAAGCUUUAACCGUAUAGAUAACAAUAAAAAAGUUGAACUCAUCCCAUCUCUUAUUAAUUCUAUAACUAAUAAGUCAAUCACUCACCAAGAAAGUGUUUUGUUUCUUAUAAUUGGAACUCUUAAUAAAUCAAAUUUUCAAGUAGCAAGUAAAGGAAUAAUAGCCAUUCAACAACAUUCAAAAUUGAAAACUGUAUUAUUCCAGUUAAUGUUAGAUGUACUGUUGAUACCAUAUAAAUGGGUUUCGCCAAAUGAUACUGCUGUUGCUGGAUUUAAUGUACAAUCUUUAAAUAGGCUGCGGAACAACAUACCUUUAAUAUUCACAGAUGCUGAUUAUCAUGAACAAGUUAAAUUAGGAAUUUUGGGUUUGAUAUCAACUAACAUUUUUGAAUCCCAAGCUAUAUUAAUACAUACAGUGGUUGCAGCUGCUGAUCCACGGUAUAUGGUGGCUAAUUCUGGUGAAAAUGAAUUAAGAAAAAUCACUUGUGAGAUUGACUGGACUAAAUCAUCUACUAUGAUGCCAUUAUAUGCAUUAUUUCUUGGCACUAGUUUAAACAAGCAAGAAGCAGCAAAUAAAAAAGAACCAGCUUGUGUGCGAUUAAGAUUAAAGAUAUUACCAUGUUUAUGUUUUAGCAAAGGCGAAGAGUCAAUAAUUUGGCCACAAUGCUUGCAGAUUAUUUUCGACUGUUGGAACGGACAAAUUACUAAUCACAGACUUAAGGCCUUGGCAUUGCAAUUUACACAAAUCAUCAUUCAACAAAAACCGGCUGAAAUUCUGGUUCAAGCCACUCCAAUUUUAUUAAAUUCUGGUCUGUUAAAAUUAUUGAAAUUACCAGAACUUGAUUUAAAUGCAAAACAGAUGAUAUUUACUUUGGUGGGCCUACUGAUUUCUAAAGUACCUACUUCAGUAAAAGAAGACUUAGUCCUACUGAAUUCAUUUUUUGACGCUUUGAUAAAAGAAACUUCCCCUGAUUUGAAAGGAUCAAUUCGUUCAUGUUUAAUUUCUAUGUGCAGUGCAUAUAGUGAUUCAAGUAAACUUACUGAUAUUUUGAACAUGAUCGCACAUUAUUGUAAAAUGUCUGAUAACCUUCUAAAGCAAGUUACCACACAUUAUUUAUCUUAUUUAUUUCCUGCCGAUGAUGCUAAGUCAAGAUUAUUGUUGAUUAUGUCUCAUUCAUCUUCAAUUGGUGAUUCAGAUUUAAAAAAGAUAUUAUACAGUGUGGACGAAGCUGGCAAUCUUGUUGGUAAAAAUGAAAAUGCACUACUAUUGCCUCGAUUCCCAGAUAUGGUGAUGACUGUUGUUGACAGUAAUCAACAGUUUGACUCGUCUGUUCUAUUAGAUAUAGCUGAAUAUCUCAACCAUUGUUUAAUAUUUAGUGCUGGUCUACCAGUUACUUACAACACUUUAUAUCAUCCAUCAGAACAUACACCGACUAUUUGUAAAUAUUUGUCUAAAGUUUAUCAGUCCGAUGCAAAAAUUAUCGAUCAUUAUUUUAAACUCAUGAUACAGUUGUUACAAAUCAAACCAAGUGUAAUACCCCUCAACAAUCUAUUAGCAUGUGUUGCGGCAUUACCAAAUGAAUUAAAGAAUCAAUAUACCAAGGAUUUAAGUAUAAUUCAGAAAUUAUUUGUGUCGAGCAAUGAAGAUAUGCGUCGAUUAAGUGGAAUACUGUAUGGUAUAAUUCUAUCAGCUAUGGAUGAAACAGUCUCAGAAAAACGUAUCAAAGAAUUAAUUUUAUCUUUUAUGGAUAAAAACCGAAGUAAAUCAUUGGAUUUAUAUGCUUCCUUGUAUGCCCUAUCAUCACUUCAAGAAUAUCAGUAUUACAAUAAUACAAAUUCUCCUCCAUUGGUAGGAGAAGAUACAUUUACUUCACUCGUAACAUUGCUCGAUGAUACAAGUCCUUUAAUAGUUGGUGCCGCUUGUGAUGUGAUUGGUGCAAUGGGAAGGCUAAAUCCAUUACCCAUUGACGAGUGUAAGAAAUUAUCUCUGGUAAAAAAACUAUUAAGCAUUUCCUUUAAUAGCUCAACACUUUCUAAGAUUAGAAACAAAGCAAUUAAAUGCACAGGGUUGAUUUGUGUUGGAGAGACUUCAUCAAGAAGUAAAGAUAUUAUCAAAGAAUAUUUAAACAACACCAAAUAUACAAAAGAUAUAGAGAUUCAUUUAUCAAUUGGUGAUAGUAUAUCUUGUGCUAUCCUUGGACCUCAAUCAAAAAUGUCUCGUAACUUUUGGACAUGUACUGAGGAUGACUUUAAAAAAAAUGUAGUAUCAGAUUUAUCAAUUGAUGAAUGUGAAAAAUUAGCCGAUUACUUUUUAAAUAGUAUACUAGAAAAAGUUGAGUCUGAAGAUCAUCCAAAUUCAAAACAGGCAUGUUGUGUUUGGAUGUUUAAUGUUUUGGAAGAAUGUAACAAAUUAACUUCAGUAAACCAAAAACUUGCUCGUAUUCAAACUGCUUAUGUUGCACUCCUGGCAGAAAAGAAUAACUAUAUACGAGACAUUGCAUCUAAAGCUUUAAUAAAUGUAUACAAAUAUGAAACUGAUGAUCGUAAAGAAUCUAUUUUAAAAUUGCUUAUAAAACAAUUAUCAGAAUAUAUGGCAAUUGGAAAUAGUGGAAAAGAUAGUUCUGGAGGUAUUUUGUCAACAUACAAAGAAUUAUGUUCAUUAGUAAUUGAUUUGAAUAGACCUAAAUUACUAUACAAAUUCAUACAGUUAGCAAACUAUGAUAAGAAAAAGGAAUCUAAAUCUAAGUUGGAAAUCGAUGAUCAACUUAAUGAACAAUUGCCAUUCAUUAUACCCAGGCUCUAUCGAUAUCAAUAUGAUCCUACACCAGUUGUACAAACUUCAAUGAGUGCUAUUUGGAGUUAUCUUGUUUCAGAUACACGUUUCACAGUUGACAAAUAUCAUAAAGAAAUUUAUGUGGAUUUAGUAAAAAAUAUAACCUGUCCUGACUGGCGAGUUCGAAUUUCUGUUUGUCAGGCUAUCCCUUCAUUUUUACAAUAUACAGGGGAUAAAAUAUUCACGAAAUGUUUAGAUUUAACUAUUGAAGUAUGGAAACAACUAAUAAGAGUGAUGGAUGAUAUUCACGAAGGCACUAGAACUGCUGCCACGUCUACUGCAAAAACAUUAUCUAAACUAUGUGUGAAUGAAUGCACUUCUAAUACCAUAUUGCUUCAACUACUUUUGCCAAUAAUUUUAGAAAAAGGUCUCUAUCACACAGAGUCAAGUAUACGAACAAUUAGUAUGGAUAUGAUAUCUCAGUUAAUUGUCAACUGUGGUGAUAAAUUAAAAGGAGAUUUGGCAAAAUUAAUAAUAGCACUUUUAAGAGGUGCAGAUAAAGUGGAAACACCUACUAUGAGUAUUUUAAGUGUUAUGUCUGGAGCUAACCCUAAUACUCAAGAACUUAUUGACUCUCAACGUGCUGCUUCAGCCAGAACACUGAGUUCAAGUGAUGUAUUAUCAAAGAGCCUACUUUAUAUUGAUGAGACAGUAUUACAAGAUUUAAUACCACUCUUACAAGAUCUUCUAACCACUAAUAUUGGAUUACCUACUAAAGUUGCUACAUCACAUUUUAUUAGUUUGUUAAUUACCCAAAAACAACUUCAAAUCAACUCAAAAUUUUUAGAAAAAAUCUUAAAAUCUUUAAUGAAGGGUAUUACUGAUCGCAAUGCUACAAUUAGAAAAAGCUAUGCUUCUACUAUAGCUGUAAUCACUACAGUCGCAAAAGAAACUACUGUAAACAAAUUAAUUCAAUCGUUGAAAGAUGUGUACAUCGAAAAUGAAGAUGAGAGUAUCAGACAAACUGUUGGGUAUGCACUAAAAGGUAUAAGUCAAUGUGAGAAACCAGAUUUAUACUUGGCCAAUAUUAUUCCAUUGGUAUUUUUCGCUAUCCACAAGAAAGAAACGAAUAAUGAAGCAGUUUUAAUUGUGUCAAAUGAUAUAUGGAAAGAACUUUGGGAGGACAAUGUGCAUAAUACUGAAGGUGUACUAGUACGCUAUUUGGAUUCUGUUUAUGAAUUUUUGGGUGUUGCAAUCAAGUCUCCAUCAUGGGCAAUGAAAGCACAAGCCGCUAGAUCGAUUGGUGAUGCAGCCAAUAAACUUGGUCGUCAAUUAAAUGAAGAGCACCGUAAUAAAUUUAUAGAAACAAUUAAAACUGGUUUGGCUGGUCGAACUUGGGAUGGUAAAGAAUUCUUAUUAGAAGCUUUAUUACAUUUAAACUUAAGUUCAAGUGAUUUAGCAGAAACACGUAAAAAUGAAGAAAUUGUAGAAUUGGUGUUUAAUGAAUGUAAAAAAGAAAAUGUCAACUACAGAAUGGUUGCCAUAAAAACUCUUGGUGAGCUAUUGGAAAAAUUGAAAAUUGAUCGAUUUGCUCAAACUUACCAAUUAGUUAUGCAUAUAAUACAAAAAAGCACUGAAGAUUCAGAUGAUGAUGAUGAUAAAUCACAAAAUUUGAAAUUUAAAGAAUCUUUAUUCUCAUUAGUUGGAAAAGCAUGGCCUCAAACAUUGGCAACACAAGUUGAAUUUGGAGAAACAGUUGCUGCUCAAUGUGCUGACCACUUAAAAAAUAAUACUAGACAGUUACAGUUAGCUAUUAUGAAUACACUUUUGAAAGUAAUAGAACGAUUGGAUUUUAUUCAAUUGUAUGCCAGUCACAAGCAACAACUUAAAUACAUACUUAGUCAUGUAAAAAGGACUUUACACUUUUCAUUUGGUGUGCCUAAAAAUAUAAGUUUGAGAAAAUUAUCACUAGAAGUUUACAUAUUGGUGAUAACAAACUUGAAAAAUCUAAGAGCUACAGAAGAGCUGGAAUCAUUUAUGAACCUAUACAAUGAGUUUUCAAUGAACUUUAUCUCAGAUGAAUCGCCGGAGGUCAAACUUCUCUUACAGAAAAUUAAAGAAUCAAUGGAAUAGUGGUUAUAGUGGUACUAAAUCAUAAAUUAUAAAAAUUAAUAUUUUUUAUCACCAUUGACCUUUGAAUUUUUUUUAU